AUCCGAUUGCCAUCGCAACCGGCACGAUGGCAGAGAAGGCGCGGUAGCUCCUUCUUGGCAGCGCGAAACUCCCGAAAGGCUGCAAGGCUGCAGCUGCCCCGCUUCCCUCGGAGGCUCCGUUCCUGCUGCUCGCACGAAGGGAGAGACGAGAGAGAGACUUCAAUACGCGCCCCGCCAGCUGCGCCCGCUGGGUUCCCGGCGGCGUUUGCGCCCAACGGCCAGCAGGGGGCGCUGCGAGUGCUGGGGCGUCAUGGGCAGCUCCGUGAGGAAGGGCAAAGUGGUUCGCCAGGCGCCCGCGGGCACAGCCAGCCGCGACCCCAGGGCAAAAGCCCCGCCCGCCCCAGGUGGGUAAAGCCUAGACUUCUUCUUGCUCUUCGUUCGGAGUGACGGAAGGGAUAUUCCGGGUUCACUUAGCAUCCUUUCCCAUUUAGAUUUUUUAUUGGUUAUCAUUUUACUAAUAUUUUAUUGGUUAGUGUGGGUGUGUUUUGUUGGCAUUCAACUUCAUUCAUUUUUUGGACCUCUUUAUUUCUGUUUCAGUAAUAUUGUUUAUUUUUUGGACAUCGUCCACCACUUAAGAGAUUUUUUAAAAAGCUGUUAAUCAGCUCAUUAAUUUAUGUAUUUUUUUAAAAAAAUAUUGUCCUAAAGGACUGGGUGCAACAUAAAAAGUUAUUUUCCUCCUUCCCCGUCCCCUUUUUACCUUUUGCAGCAACCCCAUGAGGCAAAGUGAGAGAGAGAAAGAGUGAGCCCAAAGAAGUCGCCCAUUGAAAGACUUGGGGCUGAUAAAUCAAAGCAGUGCUUCACUUAGGUUUGUGGCUUGUUUUGCAGACCACAGGCAUUUGCCAAACCGGUGCCUUCCACAUGUUUUGGGGGACAAACCCCAUCAGCCCCCGUAAGCAUGUGGUGGCUAGGGCUGAGGGGUGCUGUGAGCCUGGAUAGCUCAGUUUGGUUAGAGCAGGGUGCUGAGAAGUCUAAGGUUGCAGGUUUGAUCAUGUUGCGGUCCUGUCUCUUUUUCUGCCUUUACAUGUGGUAUGUGCUUUGUGACAGGUGCCCAUGUUAUCCUGCCUGGAUAGCUCAGUUGAUUACAGUGUGGUGCUGAUAACACCAAGACUGCAGGUUCAAUCCCUGUAUGGGACAGCUGCAUAUUCCUGCAUUGCAGGGGGUUGGACCAGAUAAUCCUCAGGGUCCCUUCCAACUCUAUCAUUCUAGGAUUUGGAGCGCAUGAAGUUGGUAAUACAGUGGUACCUCUGGUUAUGUACUUAAUUUGUUCUGGAGGUCCGUUCUUAACCUGAAACUGUUCUUAACCUGAAGCACCACUUUAGCUAACGGGGCCUCCUGCUGCCGUAGCGCCGCCAGAACAUGAUUUCUGUUCUCAUCCUGAAGCAAAGUUCUUAAUCCGAGGUACUAUUUCUGGGUUAGCGGAGUCUGUAACUUGAAGCGUAUGUAACCUGAAGCAUAUGUAGCCCAAGGUACCACUGUAGUGCAUUUGUAGUGCAAUCGUAUAUAAGUUUACUUAGGAAUAAGACCCAGUUCCUCCAGAAGGGCGUUUGUUUGUUUGUUUGUUUGGUAAAGCACUUUUAAUACUGCUGUGGAGUUUUUACUAUUUAUUUUAAUAGAUUUGUUUGCAUAUUGUUUUAAUUCUGUUAUAGUUUAAUUACUUUUUAAGUGAUUUUCAUGUCCAAUCACUAUUAUAUUUUAUAUGGUUUUAGCUUUUGUGUUUUAUCUGUGUUGUUUUAAUUUGUGUAAGCUGCCUUGAGUUUCAGUCUGGGGAAAAGGCAGGAUAUAAAUAAAUAUCAUAAUCAUAAUUGUGUUGUUAUCACUUCCUAAUCCUUACAACCACCCUAUGAGGUAGGCCAGUUUUAUUAGCUUCAUAAUGUAGAUAGACAGCUGAGGGAAGAGAGCGGACUCAGCUAUACAGCUGCAAAUACAACUUUUAAGUGUGUUGUAAAGUGCAUUAUAAGGGACGCGGGUGGCGCUGUGGGUUAAACCACAGAGCCUAGGACUUGCUGAUCCGAAGGUCGGCGGUUCGAAUCCCCGCAAUGGGGUGAGCUCCUGUUGCUCGGUCCCUGCUCCUGCCAACCUAGCAGUUCGAAAGCAUGUCAAAGUGCAAGUAGAUAAAUAGGUACAGCUCCAGCGGAAAGGUAAAUGGUGUUUCCGUGCGCUGCUCUGGUUCACCAGAAGCGGCCUAGUCAUGCUGGCCACAUGACCCGGAAGCUGGACGCCGGCUCCCUUGGCCAAUAAAGUGAGAUGAGCACCGCAGCCCCAGAGUCGGACCUAAUGGUCAGGGGUCCCUUUACCUUUAAAGUGCAUUAUACAAAUGUGACACUAGAUGACGAUGGUGAGCUAUGGCAAAUUCAAUAUAUUUUUUUCAAAACUUUUUUUAAAAAAGCAUUUUCACAACUUUUUUUAUAUGUGUCUAGAUUCCACCAGGGAUUUGUGAACUAAAGGCAGAGAUGAGUGUUGACCUCAGCCUCUCUAAACCCCAUUAAGAUUUCUCAGUGGCAUGAUAGGCUGGAAUUCAAGAGGUGCAGUUCUCCAGCAUUCAAUCACCAUAGCACAAAAAGCUUUACUUGCAAACUUCCAGUAGCAUGCGACACAGGAAACUUGGCAGUGAAACCAAAAAACCAAAAAAGGGUGUUGAUUUGUGUUUAUUACAUGUAGGUGAAAUACAUGGUUUGAUAGUGUGGGGCUGGUUGAGAGGCAGUGAGUGUCUCAGUCUCACCAAGUGAGCUUCAAGGUGGAAGAGGCAUGGAGAUGGAACAUUGCUUAGUGGUAGAGCACAUGCUAGCAUGUAGAAGGACCUAGGUUCAGUUGCUGCCAUCUCCAGUUAAAAGGAUCAGCCUAGCAGGAGGUGGGCGGGGGCGAAACUUGGCCUGAGAUGCCGGACAUCCUUUGCCAGUCAGAUUAGACAAUGUUGGGCUAGAUUCCAUUCACCCUCUUCCAUCCAAACCUGAAAUUUUAUGAUAUGGCUGCAUUUGCAUGUAAUGCUAAGUUUAUAGGCCUAAACUAGGGUUAGUAGAACUGAAGUUCAGGAGUGGGGAAACUGUGGCCUUCCAGGUGUUGUUGGACUACAGUUCCCCUCACCUCUCACCACUGGCCAUGCGGGUGGAAUUUGGAGUCCAACAACAUCUGGGGGGGAGCUUCCCCAUCCCUGACUUAGUUGGUAUAUUCCAGCUGUCAACUGCAACUGUGAAAACAUUCACCGCUCUGCAGUCCAGGGUUCCUAGGUUUGCUCUAUUUGCAAUGUUUGCAGUGCCAUUGAACUCAAGGAAAUAGGUGCUUUGGGUCUUUUGAGACCUAUUCCUUAUGGAGAAUUAUAUUCUGCAAAGCAAGCACAGACCAAAGCAGAGUGGCUUCAGGAUUGCAGCUAUAGCCUUCAAAGUGCCUUGCAAGUGCUAAUUAACCCAUCCCUUCAUUCUAUAAAUAGGUAGGAAAUGCUUUGAUGGGGUAGCACAAGAAUCCAGAAGUCUGCGAAAGUAAAUGUGGAAAUAUUAAGAGCAGCAAUAUAUAUCAAAAGGAUCUCUUCACUAUCUUUUGACUUUAUUUUCUCUCUCUCUCGUGCUUUCCAUUGAAAGCUUUUUGUGGGACCGGGAUAUAUAUUAUUUAUUCAUGCAUAAUAUUUAUAUACUCUGUUUAGUAUGCAAAUUCCCUAGGCGGGUCACAUAAAAGAUAGUUAAGAUCAUUAAUGGGAGAAAAGGAAAAAUCUAUAUCACAUUACAAACAAGAAUAUGAAGAAAUCUAUCAAUUAAAAAUAGGGAAACUGUCAAUAAAACAUUCAGUAAAAACUCAAUGAAAGAACAAAACACGAAGAUGAGAUGAAGGUUACAAACCACUGGAAGACUGGCCAGAUAGAUGGAUCUUCAGGAGGCUUUUACAAUUUGCCACAAUUUGCUUCCGCCUCACAAACAGCACAUGGGAGGGAGUUCCAGAUGUCGGUGCCACAACCAAGAAGGCCAUGUUGGCUGGGGCUGAUGGGAAUUGUAGUUCAACACACCUGGAGUACACCAUGGUGGUGGAAAAUGCUUAAAGCAUUACGCUGUGUUGUCACAAACCCAAUCUUCUGGUUUGGGGUUAAAAGCCUGUGGAGGAAAAUUCAUCUGUCAAUAUAUCUAUAAGAUCUUUAGUUCGAUUUGCAUCAGGAAUAUUUACCAUAAAACAACAGGAUUCCCACACAGCAUUACAACAGAGCAGGAACUGGGAACCUCUGACCCUGUGGAUACUAUUGGACUACAAUUCCUAUCAUCCUCAGCCAGCAUAGCCAAUGGUCAAGAAUGAUGGGAGUUCUAGUCCAAAACUACCUGAACAGCCGCAGGUUCCCUAGCCUUGCAAUAGAGGCAACUCUGCAAUUAGUGGUUUGUGGGCUGUGAGGCUUCAUGAGACAUGACAUGACAGUUUAAUGAACAAAUGGGCAGGGAUGUGGGGCGGGAAAUUUCCCAGGUUGUUAAUUUUUUUGGGGGGGUGAAUCUGUUUCAUAAGUUCAUUAGUAACAAUGAGCGGAUGCCAACUGCAAACGGAGGAUUAGGCAAGCUUUACAAUUUCAAAGCGCUUAACUUUGUUUACUAAAUAUGAGUAAAACAAGACAUGCGGAAUUGGAUCACUCUCCAAGGCAUCAGUCAAUUUUCAAAUGUAAGCUGGAAAAAAUGCUAUGCAAAUUAUGCUAAUCUGCAUAGGACCCCCCCCCCCCCGAACAUUGUCCAGAAAAUCCACAAUACUGCAGGCACUGCAGGUGGGGAAAGGAUAAACAGUAUAUAAACUACUGGGGAUGGAAGGAACCUGGACAUGGUCUAAGAAGAUCAGCUGUUUUCAUGGGGCUAUACAGAGGCAUCUGUUGUACAUAGGACCUCACUCUCUGGGCUGACUUCACCUCUCUUCCACCUGCCUACUGGAUGUGUGGGACAAUAACUGGAUAAAUAUCUAUCCAUUCGGUCACAACAGGAAAGUUGGUGUGGGCUUCUUUGGCUCCUAGAGAGUCUGUUGGUGUUAAAACACUGGCAGAAGCUGAA